GUUCAUUCGAUUGUUUCCCUUCGCCCCGAGCGCAAGUGUGCCCCGUGCUGUGUCCGCUGCAGUGGCGAGCGAAGCAGCGAAACCCACCCCGUGUGCGCCCUUCGCUUUGUGCUGGGCGUUUGUGACUGUGUGUGUGUGUGUGUGUGCUGUGUUAUCGCUAGUGUGGUGGACACCCCGAACGGUGGAGCACGCUGGUUUCUGUCUGUCGAGUCGAUUGUUGAUCGUGUGUCUGAUGUGACGGAACCGUGUUGCGCGGGGGUACGUAUCACUUUCGGUUUUUUUUUCUUCAAGUGUCCGAGCUUUACCGUGUGUGUGUGUGUGUUCGGGGGUGUUAUCGGAUGGCGGGGCUGGCUGCAACAGGGGGAUGAUGAUUUUCGAUCAUCGCAUUCCCGCCAACGACCACUAUCUUGUUCUGCUGGCGUGCGCGCCCCAGAGACUCUACAACAGUGUGUGGCCUUGAACGGCGCUGAGCCCCAAACUGUCGGUGUAUGUAUGCGUGUGUGUGUGUGUGUGGUUGCUAAGGUGAAAUUAUAAUAGAAAUAUUGCAACCCUAAAAGAAGGAAAAGCAAAGAAUUCCAUUUUUUGUACCACCACAGCCCUAGCACGUGGUCGUUGCGUGAGCGAAUGCGCAAAAGUUGCGUACAAGCGUGCAAGUGAAGCGUACCAGAGGAUUGUAAUUGCGUAGCGUUUUAGUGUGCGGAAACAACAGCUGAGCUUCUGUGUGUGCGGUUGAACGGCGGGAACAAAAGACGGCGACAGAAUUCCCCCCAUUUCAGAACGAGUCUGUGUGAGUGUGUGUGUUUUGUGUGCUGUGAAAAAAAAGAUAAAUCAGCACCAAUCAAGCGGCUGGAGGUGGAACAACGCCAACAAACAAGCAGCUAUCCUCAUAAUGACGAUCCUCACUUACCAUCGUUAAACUGACACGACGCAAAACCACCGACUCCACAACACUCCAACUAUUGGGAGCAGACAGCAGCAGAAUUUCGGCACCAAAGUAACAUUUGCGAUCGCGUGUGUUCGUGUUUGCCCUGGGGCAAUCAUCACGAACGAAGAUAAAAUGGACGGAAUGAGUAUGUGGUCUACGCUGGACACCAACUGCAAUGCAAUGCACACCGGCACCGAUGAUGACGGUGGAGUCGGCCAGUGUUACAACGACAGCAAAGUUACCGUCAGCUUCUGUGCCAACGCCAUUACGGCCGAGGCGGUGGAGCAGCUGGUCGUGAAGGAAUCGGACUGUCAGAUGCAGCUAAUGACGAAGCCGAGCGAGGUGGCGGUCGUUGUGGACACACCGAACAACCGUGUCCGCGUGGCGCUCGGCGUCCUGAUCCGGCUGAUGCUUCCGCUCACGCAUGGUGUCGCACGUGGCUGGAAGGGGUUGCGCGGGCUGAGCGUGCUGGCCCUGCUCCGGAAGGUUCGCGAAAGCCACGGUCUGCUGACGACGCUGUUCGCGGUCGCGGCCAACACCGUCUCGAUGAGUCUAUCCUCCGUACAAGUGGCGCACCGCAUCGAUCCGCUGCUUCGUGUGAUCAAACUCCGCAAGGACUCGUCGCCCACCGUUGCCAUCAAGCAGGGUACUACUACUUCAACUGCUCCCACCGCUGCAGCCAGUCAGCUAGCGUCCCUCCGCGUUCCACGCCAUCUACCGGAGCGGUGCGUCGAUUUGGUAGUGCUCGCAGAACCACCCCCGGGUGUACCGAUCCGGGCGGACAUUGUGCUCAUCCACGGUCAACACCUGGUUCGGUUUGUCAACACCUUGGGAAGGAAUGGAAAUAGCGGACGGUUGGUGAACUGA